GUGCGCUCAUUCCUCUCACCUUGGAUCUUCAGCUCUUUCUCGUAAACUUUCGCCGUUAAAAAGUUCCGGCAGAAAAAGAUGGAGAACAACGGACCUGGACGUAGGCAGGGGCUGGCGAGGAUCCAAAUGCCCGGGCACCACUCAAGGGAGGUGUGCCACGACGACAGCACGCCUCCGGUGAGAGCUCAUACGAUCGACGAGCUCCACUCCCUUCAGAAAAAGAGGUCGGCGCCGACGACUCCGAUCAGGGGAGCUCUGGGAGUCUUUGCCUAUACAUCCGAAGAGGAACGCCACCAACAGCAACUCCAGUCCAUUAGUGCUUCGCUGGCGUCGCUGACGAGGGAGACGGGGCCAAAGUUGGUGAAAGGGGACCCAGCAAUGAAAUCAGAGAGCCCGCGGGUGCCCACCAACGUUGGGCAUCAGUCCUACACUCCUUCCCUCUCCCUGUCCCUCGCCGUCAGUGAUAGUUCCCUCAAGUUCACUCACGUCCUUUACAAUCUUUCUCCUGCUGAACUGUACGAGCAGGCAAUCAAGUAUGAGAAAGGGUCGUUUAUAACAUGCACCGGAGCUUUAGCAACUCUGUCCGGAGCAAAGACGGGUCGGGCGCCGAGAGACAAACGUGUAGUGAAGGAGAAAACCUCGGAAGAUGAGCUUUGGUGGGGAAAGGGCUCACCCAACAUCGAAAUGGACGAGCAAACUUUCCUGGUUAAUAGGGAACGAGCCGUCGAUUAUUUGAACUCGUUGGAUAAGGUAUAUGUGAAUGAUCAGUUUUUGAACUGGGACCCAGAAUACCGCCUCAAAGUCCGAAUUGUGUCUGCCAGAGCUUACCAUUCCUUGUUCAUGCAUAACAUGUGUAUACGCCCCACUCCAGAAGAGCUGGAGAGUUUUGGGACUCCGGAUUUCACAAUAUAUAAUGCCGGGCAGUUCCCCUGUAAUCGUUACACCCACUACAUGACAUCAUCUACCAGCAUAGACCUGAAUCUUGGCAGGAGGGAAAUGGUGAUCCUUGGCACUCAGUAUGCAGGGGAAAUGAAGAAAGGCCUCUUCAGCGUAAUGCACUAUCUCAUGCCUCAGCGCCAUGUCCUCUCCCUACACUCUGGUUGCAAUGUGGGCAAAGAUGGUGAUGUUGCCCUUUUCUUUGGCUUAUCUGGUACUGGGAAGACAACUCUGUCUACAGAUCAUAAUAGGUAUUUGAUUGGAGAUGAUGAGCACUGCUGGAGUGAGAAUGGUGUGUCAAACAUUGAAGGUGGUUGCUAUGCCAAGUGCAUUGAUUUGUCAGAGGAGAAGGAGCCUGAUAUUUGGAAUGCUAUCAAGUUUGGAACUGUGGUGGAGAAUGUUGUGUUUGAUGAGCAUACUCGAGAAGUGGAUUACUCAGACAAAUCUGUUACAGAGAACACUCGGGCAGCUUAUCCUAUAGAGUACAUACCCAAUGCUAAAAUUCCUUGUGUUGGACCCCAUCCAAAGAAUGUCAUCCUUCUAGCCUGUGAUGCGUUUGGUGUGCUUCCACCUGUGAGCAAGCUAAGCUUGGCUCAGACCAUGUACCAUUUUAUCAGCGGCUACACUGCUCUGGUGGCUGGAACAGAGGAAGGUGUCAAGGAGCCACAGGCUACAUUCUCAGCCUGCUUUGGUGCAGCAUUUAUAAUGCUGCAUCCCACAAAGUAUGCAGCUAUGCUGGCUGAAAAGAUGCAAGAUCAUGGGGCUACCGGUUGGCUUGUCAACACUGGCUGGUCUGGUGGGAGCUAUGGAUCAGGUAAACGUAUCAAGCUAGCUUAUACCAGGAAGAUCAUUGAUGCCAUUCAUUCGGGGACCCUUCUGGAAGCAACCUACACCAAGACUGAAGUGUUUGGACUUGAGAUCCCUACUGAAAUUGAGGGGGUGCCUUCAGAAAUACUGAAUCCUAUAAAUACUUGGUCUGACCAGGAUGCCUACAAGGAUACAUUAUUAAAGCUAGGGGGUCUGUUCAAGAAGAAUUUUGAGGUAUUUCUGAAUUACAAGAUUGGAGAGGAUAACAAGCUGACUGAGGAGAUCCUUGAAGCUGGCCCUGUCUUCUGAAUCGAAAUCUGUGAUUGAUGGAGCAAAAGGGAAGGAUUUGUGUUUUGUAUGAUGUAUAAUUUCUAUAGCCUAUAUGGUGCUGCAGAUGAUUCUUUGUUAAGGAUGGCUGGACUGUUGGUUACUCUUGUGGUUCUGCAGAAUGUUAGUUGCUUCAGUGGGUUCUGGUUGGUUCAGCUUAGCUGCUGAAGAGUUGUAACUUGUAAAAUGUAAAGGGACAUAAGGCAAAAGCAAGGGUGCUUGUAGAAUAGUUGACUACAUGUCUAAGUGAGAAAUAGAUAUGAAGGUAACUUUGUUUCUAUUA